AUGCAUACCUCGAGACCAACCUUCAACUACAAAUUAAAAUACCUGCUCGCCCCGCUCGUCGGCCUACUUCUCUUUCCUCUCACAGCCCUAGCAGACUCGAAAAUCCAGUACUACAACUCAGGAGACUGCGAUCCAACACACCUCAUCUCCGUCUAUUCCUCGACUGGAGCCAGCUCAUCAAAUACUGCGUGCCACGGCGCACCCAGUGGGACGCUUGCUGUUUGGGUUGACAGUCUAGAUGCUGGUUGCAGUGCACGCACAUACGCCGAUGCCUCCUGCACAUCCCUCCUCGGCCUCGCCCUGACUCCACAAACAUGCUACGUCGGUCCCAGCAGCCAGCAGAGCAUAGGCUCCUUCCGCAUCGUCUGCGGCGCCACUGACGCCAGUAAUCCCGUGCCGGAUGCCUCCAUCCCAACAACCAAUCCGGCAGUCGAAGUCGGCGAGCCACAGAUGACAUCAAGCAGCAACUCUAGCGCCACAACGAGUAGUGUCUGGGGUGGAAGCACCGACGCUGAAGCACUCGGCCGACCGACCGAUGACGCGGACGACAGUACUUCUACCUCUGCGGCCAACGCCACUGCAACUUCUGGUGGCUCAGUAACAGUCGACCCAACCCAGGCUUCCAAAACACUCCUCACCACAGCAACAGGAGGAGGCGGAGGCAACUCGACCAACGUGACAACAUGGAGCAACACCUUGACUCCCAGCAAAUCCACCAGUACGAACACGAUCACGAGAACUGUAACAGACGAGAUCAGUGGGUACACAGGCGACGGCGGGAAUAGCAACCAGCAAGGAGGAGGGAUAACGCCAUCCCCAGGAACAGGCGAUGCGUCGCCUACCGGAUUGGGUUUGGGCUUGGCAGCGGUCUGGGUCAUGCUGGUGUCAUUGCUGUCGGCGAAUGCUGGGGCGGUGAUUUUGUGGUGGUCGUGA